AUGUUUGCAUUGAUUGAGACUUCGUAUUUUGCUCUGCUACCAGUGGUAACUCUAGCUUCGUACAUAUUUGCAAACAGCCUGACGAGACAUGGCCAUAUACCAAAGGGGAUUUCAAAAAACAACUACCAGUAUUUCUAUGCAUAUGGGAUUAUCCUGUCGUUCUUACUGCCAAUCAAAAACAUCUAUCCUUUUCAUCUUGGACGCCGAUUCAUAGAAACCAAGGUUCUUAGAUAUUCCAGCAGAAGUAGGAUGAGCCUUCUUCAGUUCGCCCAUGGAAUGGUAUAUUAUACAUUUAUCUGUAUACAUCUCAGGGACAAAGCCAUUAGAAGCAAAGGUAUCUUUGUGCUUCUCAACGCCCUUCAGUUGCUUUCCCAUUACUUUGUCUUUGUUCGAAAGACAUUUCAAUAUUCGCACUAUGCCGUUGAGGUGAUAAUAUAUGCAUUCGUCUAUUGGGAGGUGGGGACAGCUCAGAUGCUUUUCAACUUUCUAUACGUCCUGUCCUUUGCAUUUUCGACCAUCAGAAAUAGAAUGACCUCACAAGAGAAGCCCAAGGAGGAUAUUUUCUGA